AUGGGAAACCUAUCUGCAUCAGAAAUGGCUUGGAGUGUUCCUAAACGGUCGUCGAACUCAUCCACUCCACGGACGUCGGUUUCGAAAGGCCCUCUGUACCAGGCCUGCUCUCAGGAGACAGCUGAUCCUCCAUCGAUGGAAACACUGGAAAACUUCAAGAAACGUACUAAUGACUUAAAUCUGCCAUUCGCUACUUUAUUAGAUCAUGCUCUCGAAGCGCAGCCGCUAGAGACGGUCAAGACAAACUUCGAAUUGGCUUACGCUGUAAGUGCCUUGGCUCUUCAUGGACAUGAGUUUACGGAGAAGGAGUUUAUAUUCGAUGGACUUGAUUUUCAAGGUGAUUGUUUUUAUUCUAAAAAUAUGCCGUAUCCAAAGUUUCCCUUUUCGCCUCUUCGUUCUCUCAAAGAUUUGAAUAUUUCUUAUGAAGAUGUUUACUGGCGUAUGGAAGUUGUACUGAGUAAGGAAGAAUGUGAAAAUUUAGAAGAGAACACUGUCGCACAAAGGCGAAAUCUGGAAUGGAGAGCUGCUCACUCCUAUCGUAUUAGUGCAUCGCAAGUAGGUGCUAUUUUAAAUCGAGUGCGAAAACCGACGGAGGCUUUCUUGAAAAAUAUAUUUUCGUCUUUCGUUGAAAAACCACAGGGAUUUACUCCCAGACCUAUUCAGCACGGCAUCGAAAAUGAGGAAAAUGCAUUAUCCGAAUAUAAAAAACAGCUGACUUCUUUAGGUUUUGAGGUUGAACUUCUUCCGGUCGGUUUUGUCACCGGCCCGUCUUUUUUUGGUUGGGCGCAACGCCCGACGAGAAGGUUAUUCUUAAAAAUGGUGAAAAAACUGCUUUUGGAAUAG